UCAGGGACAAGCAGUGCUCCUCAGGGCUCUGCAAUGGGACCGGUGUUGAUUUAACAUCCCUGGUGAUGUGUACAUUGGGAUUGGGUGCUCCUCAGUGAGUUUGCCAGUGACCCAAAGCUGCGUGGUGUGGUCAGCAUGCUGGAGGUGCUCAAGGCUGGGCUGAAUGGGGCAGUAGUCUAAAGAUCCAGAAGCCAGCAAGAAGAGCUUGGAUAUUCCUUUGUAAUUUCUCCAAGAAAUAAUGCCACGUUUCAAGACAAACCCUGUUCCUGUAAUAAAGCUUGAAAACUUUUGUGUUUAGGAUCUGGAGAAGCAAAUUGCAGCAGACUUUGCCAAGAGGAGGGACAGUGCCUCAGCUCGUGGUUAGCAAGCGGUGAGCUGCACAGCAGGUGCUGCCAUGCUGAGGACCAGCAGGGCUGUCAGCCUCACCUUGCGGAAGCUUUGUGGUAAAAAAGUGCAAAUUCUUACAGAGAGGUGAAUGAGAAAAAAUUUCACUCAUUGGGGCUACAGCUUGCAACUGGGGAGACCGAGGUCGUUCAGUCCUGGGAUGUGAUGCCCAACAUCUUGGCUUAUUUCUUUUGAGACUGCAGUGCAAACUUGCAUGAGCAAAUGGCUUGCUUGUUGCCCUUUAUAGACAGCUUAGGUUUCACAUUGUCUGUAAUGAGGGGCUGCUUUUUUUGGAAUGAGAGUACUGGAAAGAAUACGAUUACAAACAAUGCAGAAAGCAAAGUGUUCACGUCUUAGCAGAGGGGAUAUUUGUUAGGAAAUGUAGGUGAGAAUUUCAGGUUCCCUGGUCAUUUGAAAUCUGCAUGAAGUUAUGAACAGAAAAGAAACUCGCUAAACAUGUUUCAGAAUGAACAAUUUUUCAGUGGACUUGUUUGGACAUUUAGGAAAAUGGUGUUUUUGGCUUUGUCUACCAGAGUGCUGAGGUUCAAAGCAGUGACUGGCAUGGUUUUCACAACCAGCACAUUUCUGCGUCAUCCCCACCCACCAGUGGGUUGAGUUGCAGGGUGGGUUUGGUUCGUGCUAGCUUCAUUCCUCCUGCAUAAAAGUAAACCAGAAGCUGUCCUCCAGUUAUGCAACUGGUGCUCCAUCCUUUCGGGGAACAUAGAGGUCCAAACCAAAGGCUGGACAGCUUUGAGCCAUAUUCGUGAUGCAGACACCCAGUCUGGGGGAUCAGACUAAAUUCCAGACUUAAAUCCUGCCCCCUCGCCCCAGCUACAUGUGGUGUACACGUACCAAAGGCUUUGAUCUUCAGAUCCAUUCUCAUUGUGCCAAAUAAUUUGCUAAUGUAGAAAUGUCCUGUCUUCAGUUAGAAUAGAAGAACAGCGGGGAGGCAGAGGGACUGUCUUCUGUUUUUCUGAUUUUUUUAAAAACAAGAAAGGAAGGGAGGAGGUGGAAAGAGAAGACAUAAAACAUGACCGUUAUCCACAUGGGAAGAUUAAGUGGAACGGGAGUACUAGAGGAAAGGCCCUGAGUGUGAUGGAUCAAAAGAGCAAGGCCUCUGGCUGUUACGAACAAGAAUGUCCUAGUUCUUGAGAACAUAUUUAUAUGUGUGUGUGCUGAAUUUUUUUAUUUCUAGUGAAAUAGUUUUAUUCAAAGAAAGGUCUGUUUCUGCCACACAGGCUGUUUGAGGUGGGAAAUAGCGGGUGAAAAUAAAACUUUCACAGCCAGUCCUGUAAGGAAUGUUUUGUGCAGAUGAGAACUAGGGCCAUUAUUUUUAAAUUAAAAAAAAAAAAAAAGUCCUUUGGAGGUUGGGGGAGAGGGGGGCUGACAGCAUUUUUGCUGUGGGUUGGCAUCUUCGUACUGCUCCGUGUGUUGCUUGGCUGUGCAGUAGGUCUGCUUGUAUAGACAUGCGUGUGGUGUCCCAUGGAUGGCAGGCAGUUCUCGUUGAGCUUAAGCCAAAUUGUGCAGAGGGCUAAGGAAUCAAAUAAUCCCAUAGGCAGCCAGAACUCUGCAACUGUGGUUCAAGCUGUGUGCAAAUACUGCAGAACGGCUGCGGUAGGUGAGGAUGUUGCCUCCCAUCCUGUGCUGGAGGAUCCUUGCCUUGCAACGUACGUUGUCUGUGCAGCUCAGAACAUUUCUCAUGUGUUUUGGUGCAAACUGGGCCACUUAGGGCAGAGAAGUUGCAUCCUCUCAGUUAAAACAUUCCAGCCUGGCCGUCCCAGACAGCAUACCUGCAGGGAUCUCUUCUUAUAUACUGUCAUAUUCUUGAGUACAGACAGUUUGUAAAAUGGCAGGAGCUUAUACAUGCCAUUUUAUAGGACCUUGCAAAGUGCAGAGUUAUAGAGAAACGCACAUCCAGUGGGGUUAGCUCUUUACUUAAGUCAGUUCUACAUGAGGAACUGGGCGAGCUGGGAGCGUUCACUCUCCCUCCACAAGUAUGGCAACGUCUGCACAAUACAGACAGCUUAUAAAUGACUAUGGGCCCCCAUCGCUAGGGUACACACAAGGGAUACAGGGUACCAGCAGCAGUCAAGUACCGCAAAGCAAAUAUGCAGAACUUCUAGCUAUCAUUGAAGAAUUAGGAAAAGAGAUCAGGCCCACAUAUGCUGGGAGUAAAAGUGCGAUGGAGAGGCUAAAACGAGGCAUUAUUCAUGCCAGAGGAUUAGUUCGGGAAUGCUUGGCUGAGACCGAACGAAAUGCAAGAUCCUAGCCCACAAAUGCAGUUACAAGAUUUUCCAUCUCUUAAUGAAGCAGAAGUAAUGCCUACUCAUUCUGACUCUUGAAACAUUCAGACAAAUUCCUUUAUUUUGAAGGUUUUACCUUUCUUUUUUGCCCUUAAAAAUGUAUAGUGAAGAAUGACAAAACAAGGAUUUUUCAACUUGCUGAGGGUUGGCAUUUUGUAAAGACACUAAAACUCCCUAAGACGUUUCUAAACCAUGAAAACUGAACUGCAUGCAGAGGAAUGCUCUCUCCUAGGCUAUAUUUCAGUUCUCUUCCUAUCCAGCCACAAUCCCGUUGUUGUUGGUUUUUUUUUUAUCCUUUUCACUAUAUCAACUUAAUCCCAAACUGUCAGUCUUUCAAAGUUUGACAUAAGCUGUGAGGACUUUUUUUUAAUAAAUGCAGAAUAGCAUGCUGUACUUAGUAGUCUGCUAUGCCACAAUUUGCCAUACAGCAUAGACCCUGCUUAGAAAUAAUAACCUUCUCCUCCUCUUACUUUCCUUUUUUGUUCAUUUUGCAUAAACAUUUGCAUGACUAUUAGUGCUUUGAAGUCCAUUUAAAGUGCAUGAAUAAUAUGGAAAAUAGGGAAGCCUAUUAAAUAAUAACAAGGUUCUGGAAAGCUAAUUUCUACAUUAAGGCUGGAGAUUUCAGUUUUAAGUUUGCAAAAAAAAAAAAAAAGAAGAAGAAAAUUCUGGAUAAAUUACUAAAACUUAUUUGCAUCUUUGUAUGUAUUUAUUACUUGAUGUAAUAAAGCUUAUUUUCAUUAA